AUGAGGAGUUCAGCGGCAUGGGCGGUUCUUGCUGGCAUAUUUGGGCCCGCUCUCGUGCUCGCACAGACACCAGAGCCUGCGAACGGACAUUGGGUUGACACAUGGGCAGCGAUGCCACAGCUCACCGAGUCGAGUAACCUUCCUCCGGCUCCUUUCAACACAUCCACUGUCAUCUUCGAGAACGCCACCAUUCGCCAAACACUGCACCUUUCCCUCGGCGCAUCUACCAUCCGUCUGCGCUUCAGCAACGCAUUUGGUCUCACGAACCUGCCUAUCUCUGCUGUGACCAUUGCUCUUCCAACGAAUGGUUCCGCAGGCGUGAGCGGAAUCCAGCCAGAGACACUUCAGAACGUCACGUUCAGCGGCGCCACUUCCUUCAGCGUACCCAAUGGAGCACUUCUCGUGUCGGAUCCCAUCAGCAUGGAUGUGGAACCGCAGAGUAUGAUCAGCGUCAGCAUGUUUCUCGAGAGCGGGCAACAGGGAGUCGACAUCACUUCACACCCUGGCAGUCGCACGACAAGCUUCUUUGUGAAUGGCAAUGCUGUUGCCGAACCUGACUUGACGGACGCUGCCAGCGUAGCGCAUUGGUACUUCGUCAGCGCUGUGGAGGCAUGGUCUCCUCAGGACGCCGUUGCUUUUGCCAUCGUCGGUGACAGUAUCACGGACGGUCGCGAGAGCACCGACAACGAGAACAACCGUUGGCCCGAUGUCGUUCUUGCGCGCAUGCAGAACAACACCAACACGUCGAAUAUCGCUAUGAUCAACCAGGCCGCUGGAGGUAAUCGCAUCCUUGCCGACGGCCUUGGUCCCAACGCCAUCGGACGCAUCGACCGCGAUGUUCUCUCUCACUCUGGCGUCAAGUUCGCCAUGAUCUUCGAAGGCGUGAAUGACAUCGGUGUCGCGAAUAACGAUGCGGAAUCGCAGACGGAAAUCGGCGACCAGCUCCUCAUCGCAUACCAACAGAUCAUCACCCGUGUUCAUGCGCUCGGCAUUCCGGUGUUUGGUGCGACUAUCACACCGUUCGGCAACAACUCACCUGGAUACGCGGAUCCGACGCGUGAGCAGACACGGCAGCGCAUCAACGAAUGGAUAAGGACGAGUGGCAAGUUCGACGCUGUCAUUGACUUCGACGCGGUGGUCAGGGAUCCCGAGAACGUUACCGUCAUCACGGCCGAAUUUGAUUCUGGCGAUGGCCUUCAUCCGAACCCAGCAGGAUACCGCGCGAUGGCAGAGGCAUUCCCGUUGGACAUCUUCGGCCAAUUUGCUGACGGCGUAAGCGGCUUCAUAUAA